UCUUUUAACUUCUGUAUUCGUUGAUGUGAGCUUGUUUUUCCGCUUUAAUUCUGCUUAUUGUCUCUGCAAUUCUUGCUCUUUUCUUAGCUCUUAUCCUACCAACUCCACUGAUCUCUUUUCUUGCAACUUUAAUUUUCCAAUUCUUAACUUUUUUCUUGUAGGGUUUUACUUGGUGCAGUGAUUUUAAUUUUCGGUUCGCGGGGUUGAGAUGACGUGAUGUUGUUUCUUUUAAGUUCGGUGAUUCCAGCUCUAUGGUUUUGAUUUGUUCUUUGCGUUAUUCAAUUCGGCUUUGUUAACUGGUGUUUCUAUCAACUACUCAAGUGGAGUUUGAUCCAUUGGAUUUUGGUUUUGCAAUAAUGAGAUUUGGUUUGCAUUGUUUGGUUUCUCCCUGGGUGAAUUCCGGCAUGUUUUGGAAGUUGAAAUAACUCUAUCCACCUUGGGAAUUGUGAGCUUUUUCUCUCUAGGAUUUCAAGCAUGCUGCUUUACUUUCUAUAUGCAUAGACUGAGAGUUUGGUUUGCAUUAUAUGUUAUGCAAAGCGGAUUUGGACAAAAGCUGUAAAUUGGGUUGUAAACGGGUUUCUGCGAUUCUUUAGUUCUGUGAAUGGUGUAAGAAUCUGUUGAUUCAGCAAUGCAAUCCCAGCAAGGCUCCAGAAUCGAUUUAGGUGAACUGAAAGCUCAGAUAGUGAAGAAGAUUGGGGCUGAGAGGUCAAAAAGGUAUUUUUAUUAUUUGAGUAGGUUUUUAAGCCAGAAGCUAAGUAAAUGCGAGUUUGAUAAGUCAUGUUACCGCAUUAUUGGGAGGCAUAAUUUGUCACUGCAUAAUCUGUUGAUACGUUCAAUCUUGAAAAAUGCAUGCCAUAAGCCAGUUCAUGAAGCUCCCGUGAAAUCUUUGAUACUAACUGUGAAAAGGUCUCCUGGUAGAGAAGAUGCACAUGAUCAGACUAGAUCCCUUGUUCCCAACCAAAAUGUGGACAUUUGGUCAAAUGGGGUUUUCCUAGUGUCAUCCCCACGAAAGGCUAGGUCCGGAGUGCGGGAUAGAAAGCUCAGGGAUAGACCCAGCCCACUUGGGCCAAAUGGGAAGGUUGAGAGUGUCUCACCUCACUCGAUGACAAUGGAAGAUAAUGGCUGCAAAUUGGGUUUCGAAAAUGGUGAUUUGAUUUCCUAUGAUUACCAGAGACCAGUACACCAUCUUCAAGCAGUUGCUGAGCUGCCUGAAAUUGACAGAGAAGGUUUGGUGCACUCUACAGAAAAACCAAGGCUGCUUUGUAAAAACCAGGCUGAAGCAGCUGUUGUUGAAGAUGGGGAGGAGCUGGAGCAAGCUAACCACAUUAAUAUCUCCAGAAGCCCUCUGCUAGCACCACUUGGGAUUCCAUUUUGCUCAGCUAGUGUUGGAGGGGCCUGUAAAGCUUUGCCAGUGGCAAGCAGUGGCGACUUCAUUAGCUACUAUGGUUGUGGUUGUUUAUACGAUACUGAGACAUUGAAGAAACGUAUGGAGCAGAUCGCAGCAGCAGAGGGCCUUGGUGUGGUUUCUGUGGAAUGUGCUAGUUUGCUAAAUAACAUGUUGGAUGUAUACUUAACGAAACUUAUUAGGUCGUGUGUAGAUCUGGUUGGAUCAAGGUCUACACCAGAAUUGAAAAAGCAGUUUGCCCACAAGCAGCACCCUCAAGGAAAGCUUAUGAAUGGUAUGUGGCCAAGUAACCACUUGCAUAUGCAGAGCAGCUCUGGGCCCACAGAAGUUUUGCAGGAACCUGAGCAGCAUUUCUUGAUAUCUUUGCUUGAUUUUAAAGUGGCAAUGGAGCUAAAUCCCCAGCAGCUGGGUGAAGAUUGGCCGUUGCUACUGGAAAAAAUUUGUGUGCAUUCUUUUGAAUAGUGAAUGCCGUGUAAAAUUU